UUCAGCGCGACGCCAUUUUGCAGUGUAUGUGGUGUGCAAUAGAAUCGCCCAUAAGAAGGAAAUCCAUAAUAUCUCUCAAGAUCGCUUUUAUUGGGACGUUAUUCCUAAACCCCCAAAUUGACAGUUUUUAUUUCUAUUAAUCCCAACAGAUCUAGAAGUCUGUAUCAAUGAAUAGGACUAUCGGAAAGAUUGUUUAGCAAGGAAUGUGCUAAGAAACUGUGCAAGAAAAGAUCAUUUCUUUUUAGUUAUCUGUCAGCGGGCAGAUAGUCUUUUACACCAAUUGACUAUCAAAUGGAAAUCAACUUUAAACCUGGGGUCUGAUUUUUAUGAAAUUUGUCGUCAUGAUUUUUCAUUUCUUGACAUUUAUAUAACGACAAAAGCGGAUGGUUUGUUAAUUGUGAAAAAGCCAUUUAGGAGCCAUUUUGUAGCAAGACUAAACUGUCUUGCUACCUCGAGUUGGAACAACAACGAAACAUACGAUUAAAUUCAAGGAACAUAAUCUAGUAGAAAGAAUGAAUUAAGAUGAGUGCUGAUGAAUGUGAUGAACCAGAUACGGUGGCUCAUGCUGGUGAGGAAAAUGUUAUAGAAGCCGAGAAGGACAGUGAAAUAGAAGAUGAAGGUAAAGUCGAGAUGAGAGCUGUAUCAGAUGAUGGUAAUGAACAGUUAGAAGAUGGGGAAUUAGAGGAUGGAGAAAUAGAUGAUGAGCCUGCGGAAACAGGUACAGAUAUUCAAAAAGAAAGUGUUGAGAACUUGGAUGAAGUCCAACAGGAUGAUAAACCAAAAAGCUCUAAAAAAGACAAGAGAAAACGUAAAAGAUCAAAACGAGAUAAAAGCCAAGAAGGCGACGCUAGAAAGAGGUCAAAGAAGAAGAGAUAUGUUGAUCAUGAUCGUAUAAAUGAUGAAGAUGAUAUGACGUGGAUAGGUGAACAGGAACAUAGUAAUAGACGUCAGAAGAAAUAUACAGAUCAUGAUAAUAUGGGUAAUGGUGGUCAUUCACCUACUGGUGAUUUAUAUGAUAGUCCAUAUGAUAGUCCACCUGGUUUAUAUGACAGUCCUUCUGAUGGUGAAGGUGAUGACAGGGGUCCUAUAAGUAUGUUAGGAUUAGUACAAGAUGAUUUUAUGGAUGUCAGUAUUAGUGCACAGGAAAAACAAUCAGUGGAUAUGGAGAAGGGUAGCAAAAGGUUAUCAAGAAAAAAACAUAAAUCAAAACAAUCAGAAGGCAGAGGAUCAAAACAUUGUUCUAGAAAAACACCACUUGUUGAAUUACCGAGAUCAGAGAGACCUCAAUGUAAAUUUUUCAAAGAAGGGAAGUGUCAGAAGGGCUCAUCUUGUCCUUUUAACCAUGAUUUUCAACCUGAAAAAAGAAAUGAUGUGUGUAAAUUCUAUCUGACUUCAGCUUGUAAUAGAGAGAACUGUUUAUUUAUGCACAAUAUCCUUUUGAUAAUUGGGAGCCACGAUGGCUCAGUGAGUAGGGCGUUGGCUCGCUAAUCUGGAGGUCGCUUGUUCGAUCCGUGCAUUGGCUGAGAAAGUUCAUUGGAAUUUUCGGAUUGGUUUCCCCUUGUCGCUGGUGUAGGACGUUGGAUGGAACAAAAAAUCAAGAUCACGUGUACAAAUUGCUGUGCACGUAAAAGAACCACUGACAGUUAGAAUUCGAAUUAAGAGCAGGCCACUGUGCCGCUGUCUAGACAAAUUAAUAACAGUAGUCUUCAGCAAUACAGUAACACUCAUAUUUAAUGUGCACCUAUCUUAAAGCUGAUUAAUGUAAUGCAGGAUAUAUUAAUAUUUUUAAAAACCGAAUAGUGUAAAUUUUGUGUGAUAUGAAGUGUUAAAUGUAUCUUUCUGUAUAUAUUUAAACAGGGGGGUUGGAUGGCUGAAUGGUUAGCGUGUGCCCGCUGUAUCAUAAAGUCUGUCAUUGAGUCGACUGACGUGGUUUCGAAUCCCCGGUUGUAUGUGACAAGGAGUAGGGUCGCCUGUCCAACUUUGUGGGUUUUCCCCGGGUCCUCCGGUUUCCUCCCACUGCUAAAGACCCCUACGCGCAAGCGAAUUAUUGAAAUAAAAUUAAAACCAUAUGUUAGUCCCGAAAUGACCUAGUUUGUGUCGAGUGGACGUUAAACCCCAUUUCUCUCUCUCUUUAAACAUUUGUGGCUCAGUGACUUAAGACGUUACCACACUAAACUGGGAAUCCCAUGAUCGAUCCCAGUGUUGGCUGACUAAGUUUAUCAGGUUUUUCCAGUGUGAUGUCCCCUUUUUAUACGCUCACAUUGAAAUGUGGUCGUAUAUUGUCGUCCCCACCCCCUAUUGUUUUUCAGCGAUUUCUGAUAAUUACUGCCAGAGUUAUGGCCCUUGAUCAAUUUGAAAAAUCUUGUGGAGGCUCUAGAGGUUAAAGUUAAUGUCCGAUUGACUUUAAAUUUAUACACAGUGUUGAAAGUCAUGAGAUGAAGAGGCCUAUUGAUUUUGAGCAAUUUCCGAUGAUUACUGCCUGAGUUAUGGCCCUUGAUCACUUCAAAAUAUCUUGUGGACGCUCUAGAGGCCAAAGUUAAUAUCUGAUUGACUGUAAAUUGAUACCCAGUGUUUAAGGUCAUGAGACGAAGAAUCCUAUUGAUUUUCAGCAAUUUCCAAUAAUUACUGUCAGAGU